ACAAAGCGAUCCUCUUCAAAAAUCACUAUUUUCCCUCUCACUCUCUUCCUUCACAGUACUUCGCCAAUAACAAUGGGGACUUCCAUUGAUUUCCCUUCUGUAACUCACCCCACGCUCCGGAUCCAGAUCGUUCGGAGCCAAAAUAUCUGUUAGUGGAACACUUCCCUCAUCGUUCUUCUCUUUUGCCCUUCCAGAAAUGCCGUUCGGAGCCGACCAUGGACAGGGAGGCUAACCUUCCGGCCCCAUUCGCACUUGAGAAGAAAGUGAACCGUCAGACCAACCCCGAGACUACAUCCUCCUCUUCCUCCUCCUCAUCGCCGGGCUUCAUUCGACAUGUUCAAGCCGCCUUCAAGCGCCAUCGACCACUCGGUGUGACCCAAUCAAAUAGUAUAAGACCCAGGCGCUUGUUAGUUCCCCAAAGAGAGGUGUUAAGGAACCCUCGUUCAGAGGCCAGGCUUGCAGAAAGUGUUAAGGAGCCUGAAAUUGAAGUUUCAUUGAGUCAAGAUCAUGUAGUGAAGGAUUUGAUUGAACAGACGAAGAGCACAAUGACUAUUAUUGGAGAAACUCAAGAUGAAUCAAUAACACGACCUUCCAUUUCAGGCCUGAUGACCAAAAGCUUUGAUGGAAGCUUCGCACCUGAUGCCCACAGAGAUGAACUUGUACGUGGUGCUGGUUGUCAAUCUAGAAGCACAGCUUCCGCUUUAAGUACAGGAUCCCAGCAUGCUGAUGGUCAGAAAAUGGUUCGGUUUUCUGUUAAAACCAGCAAGAUUUCUCAGGGGGUCCAUGAUCUAAUGGCCAGUGGGUUGGAAAACUUAUCAUCUCAUAUGGGUUCCCUUGCGUUGACAGAGAUGGAUUGGACAGCCGGCAACCAUGGGGAAGCUUCUAGUGUAAUUCAUGAUGAAUCUAAACACCGGAGUUUUGCAAACACAGAGUUUGAUAUAAAAAACAAUGGUGGGAUUUCAAUGUUGGCACAAAGAACACCAGCUGUGGAAGAUCAACUCAAGCGAUUUGAAGACUUUUUGAAUCAACCAAUUAAUCAGCCUUCAUUUGGUCCACCUUGUCCAACCACCACGUCUGUUCACUCAAGUUCAGUGGCUAUGCUUAAUUCAACAACCUAUUGCUCUCAUUUGCAUCAAGAAAGUGGUGGUAAAAUUUCUUCUGAACCUUUGAGCGACUUCAACGCGAAUAUUCAACAUGAAGCUAAAAGAAGUGUGUUGCCAACGUCAGGGUCUUCUCUAAGGGACACUAGUGAUGAGGUCAAGAAUGGGAAAGGCAAUGAUGCUAUACAUGCUCCGGGCCUUACUGCUAAUACUGAAAAAGUUAUAAGGCACUAUGACAUCUCUAAGGAGCAGAGGGUAAAGUUAGGAGGAGAAAGUGAUAUUUCUAAACAUUCUUUGCAACACAGUGAUAAGUCAUAUGAAGGCAAGUGUGGAAUAGUGGAUGCCACUGAUACAAAAGCGAAGGCCCAAGUACCCAAAAAGUCAGUUUCUGAUGUGAAUUUGAACCCCUCUGGUUCAGAAAAACUAGAAAAAGUGGCAAGUGGGAAGAGUGCUUCAACAAAUCGUAAAAGGAAUUAUGAUCCAGACAUGUUUUUUAAGGUUAAUGGAAAGCUUUAUCAAAGACUUGGCAAGAUAGGCAGUGGGGGAAGCAGCGAGGUUCACAAAGUUAUCUCAUCAGAUUGCACGAUAUAUGCACUUAAGAAAAUUAAACUUAAAGGUCGUGACUAUGCCACUGCUUAUGGGUUCUGUCAGGAGAUUGUGUAUUUAAAUAAGUUGAAAGGGAAGAACAACAUUAUACAACUUGUAGAUUAUGAGGUAACAGAUAGGACUUUGCUUCAGGAAGUGUUGAAUGGCUCCACGAAUAAUAAAGAUGCUAGGGUUAAGGAUGAUGGAUAUAUAUACAUGGUGCUAGAAUAUGGUGAAAUUGAUUUGGCUCACAUGCUCUCACAGAAAUGGAAGGAAAUUGAUGGCAUCAACCAGAUAAUAGAUGAAAAUUGGCUUCGAUUCUAUUGGCAGCAAAUUCUUCAAGCUGUAAACACCAUACACGAGGAACGCAUUGUUCACUCUGAUUUGAAGCCAGCAAAUUUUCUUCUUGUCAAAGGCUCCUUAAAACUAAUUGACUUUGGUAUUGCAAAAGCCAUAAUGAGUGAUACAACUAACAUCCAAAGAGAUUCACAGGUGGGUACACUGAGUUACAUGUCACCCGAGGCAUUUAUGUGCAAUGAGAAAGAUGCAAAUGGAAACACCAUCAAAUGUGGUCGACCAUCUGAUAUUUGGUCCCUUGGCUGCAUUCUUUAUCAAAUGGUUUAUGGAAGGACCCCCUUCUCCGAGUACAAGACAUUCUGGGCCAAAUUCAAAGUCAUUACAGACCCAAAUCAUGAGAUCAGAUAUGAACCCGUUGGUAACCAUUGGCUUCUCGAUCUUAUGAAGAAGUGCCUCGCAUGGGACCGCAAUGAGCGGUGGAGAAUUCCCGAGUUACUUCAACAUCCUUUUCUCGUACCCCCAGUGUCCCCGCACCUAUCCUUAUCUCUAGACCAGAGCUCCAAACUUCUGCAACUCAUUGCUGAAUCUUGUGAAAAUGACCAUGAAGCUUCGCAUCUGCGUUCUCAGCUUCAACAACUGCUCCUCAACUCCGUCCAGCCGAUGACAUCUCUGUUAAUAACUUCUAAAGACAAUCAAAGUGAGCUGUUUUCCCAAACGUCAAAGGACCACUUUCUGCUCUACAAAAAUCCGGCUACAACGAAUGAUGAAAAGUGAAAGUCCUAAUUUUGUUUCUCGUUCAAGGAAUGGUUUGAAGUUCUCUUCGGCAUGAAAAUGCGGGAUUUGACUUUUGAGUAGCUGAUGAAUGACGAUUGAUAGAAUAUGAGGCUGGCUACUUCUUGGUAGAUGCGGGCUUUUGCCUCUUCAGGUUUGGCGCAUUAGAGCAUCGAGUUUUCCUCCUAUCGAAGCUGGAUGAUCAAUUUAACACCUGUAGCGUUUGUCAAAAGUGUACAAUAUAUAAUAUAAUAACUGUGUUCUCGGCUUUGAGAUUGUAAAUUUGUUUGUAGUUUUGUUCGAGGCGCUUGCUGUUUAUGUUUCUUCCCAGAUUCAACACAGAAAGAAACCAUGCAUUACGUAAUCCCAACUGUUAAUGCAACAGAGUUUGACAUAUUUGUAUAAUGUUUAUGCAGGACUCAUAAGUGUUCUAAAAUUGAGAGUGGUUCCUUUCAA